CCGGUCCUGUUGUUGCUCUUUAGAGUUGGAAGAUGAAUUUCGGAAUUUGGCUGUGUCUCAUCUUUAAUGUUGCUGCAGGAGCAAGACUGCAAAAGCGCAUAUUUGGUGACAUCGUGUUGACUAACUCAAAGUACACUUGGCUAGUCAGGAUAACCAAAUGGGAACCGGACCCGAGAAUUUGUACAGGUGUACUGAUCUACAGCAAAUAUGUUUUAACCACGGCUAGUUGUUUGGGGACAAAUGUCGACGAACUAAUUCGGUCCAUGAUUUCACUGACGUACAUCGAGAUAGGAACGCCUGACAGAGAAUUUAGGGUGGCCGUCGAACCUUAUCACCUUCUGAACUCCUCACUCAUAUCCAGAGUGUUCAAAGUCGAAACAAGAAUACCACAUGAUGAUUAUUUAAUGAAGAACCAGCGACACAGUGGAAAUCUCGCCAUUCUAAAAUUGGAGAACCAUGCGCACCUGAACGAUAUACUGUUGGAUUACGGAAAAACGUGGCGUCACCCAAUCUCCUCAGUAAGAACCCCUUUGAAGGGUGACAUAGGUCUGUAUAUCGGCUGGCCCCAGGAGGGGUCUAAACAAGGUCUCAUUAAACCAGAAUACACCUUUCUCAUUGUCAAAUCCAAAACGUUUUGCUCCAAGGCAUUUGGUCGCGAAUACGACCACGAUUCCCAAUUCUGUGCGACCAAAGUGUCUACUACUAGUGCAACCCUCGACACG